AUGCCUGACGGUCGAGAUUUGGAGGUUAAGCUUGAACAAGAAGAAACAGUUCCUUCUUGGGAUGACGAGGAUCAGAGAGUGGAUGCAGACUUCCGUAGUGUGGCGGGGAAGUUGCAGCUACCCAAGUUGGUCAGAGAACCUGGUCUAUCUUCUGGGGCUAGGAUCAAUGGAAGGAACGUCCGCCAAACACGGAGCAACGACCGGCGGGGGCCGGAUGCCGGUCUUGUGCAGCUGCAUGCAUAUACAUACCUACAACACGGCCAGUCUGUACAGCAAAGUGCAGACAAAAAGAAUCCAGACGCUAAAAUACGGCAACAGGGUACGGUACAGGGUGCGUGUUGGGACGGGAGUGAAACCGACAAAUGGAGUAGCCAUCGUGGCGAGUCAUUUACCAAUAAUUUCAACAAUAGAGCCUCAAACAUAAACAUGAACUCAGCAUGUCGAGUCCCAAUGAACGAUCUAACUAUUAUGCGUUCUUCACCGAUAGAUGCGCAUGGAAUGCAUGUGAUUCAGACAUGCGAGGCGUAG